UACUCGCUUCGCUAUAUCUUUGCGAAAAGUUGUGUGUCGUCUGAAGUGAGCGAUGUAUGUUUGUUUUUACUGUCAGUACGAUUUGAUGUGUUGACAAGUUCUUUUAAAUAUUCGUAAUUUUUCUGUGUCGUCACAGUAAAACAUGUUGCACGGACUUUACGAGGUCGGAGCAGCAUAUAUUUCGAGCUUACAAAAUGGGUUGAAGCCACUGGAAAACGUAUUACUGAAAAUUUCAUCAGCAUCCGAUCCAGCAACAGUUGUGUCAACUGUUUUCCCCCUUGUUGUUGCAUUUGACCCACAACUAUCGGCUGAAGUGCUAAUUGUGUCAACAACUGCAGAAUGGUUAAAUACCCUGUUAAAGUGGCUGUUUAUGGAGCAUCGCCCAUAUUGGUGGGUGAGGGAACAGCAGUCACACAUAAUGCUACAACAAACACACAUGACCUGUGAAACUGGCCCAGGUUCCCCCUCAGGACAUGUCAUGGGCACUACAGCUGUGCUGUAUAUCUUCCUGUGUUGGUUUAUUAAUACUGUACUGUUGCCAAGUACAGGAAAAAGUGCUGUAAGGAAAAUGCUGCUGAUAAUUCUCUCAUUGACUGCCUUUAUGGGGACUGUUGCAUUGGUUGCAGUAUCAAGAAUGUACAUAGCUGCUCAUUUUCCACACCAGUGUAUUCUAGGCUUUAUAUGUGGUGUAGCUGUUAGCUGGCUGGUAAAAAAACUGAAUUGGUGGAGGACAGCAGGCAGGCUUAAAUUAACAAUUGCUGCUGCUUGUCUUACGGCAGUUUCUGUUGCUUCUUAUUGGCUACAGAAAAUUGCAGGUGUAGACCCUCAAUGGUCUGUUUAUCUUGCUCUGAAGUGGUGCUUCCAAGAGGAAAAUGUUAACAUAACAACCACACCCCUAUUUUCUCUUGUCAGAGUGGCUGGCACUACAUUUGGGGUAGCUCUAUCUGCACCAGUUUUUAGAUUAAGGAAGAGCCAAAGACCAGUGAAAGCAUUUCUGGCAUCAUAUGUUGCUGCUCUGUUGAUUGCAGGUGCCUCUGAAACUGUUACAACAUCUAAUGUGUUUAUAUUUUACCCACUACAGUUUCUUCUGUUUACGCUUCAACCAUGGUUGCUGUUUAAAAUAAUACCGGAGGUGAUGUGAAUUUGAAGCUUUGGUUAUUGUUGCUGUUGCUUAUAUGAAGUAACCUAAUGUGUUGAAACAACUGAAAAUCAUUUGGAUUGCUGAGAUGCAGAAAUACCAUGAAGAUUGUUAGAGACUGCUUCCCUAUACGUAUUUGUUUCCAAGACAAAGGCAUAUUAGUUUAUGUCAGCAUGUUGUAUAAAUGUGAGCCUCAGAAUUCAUUCAAUUCUUGUAUUUGCUGUUCAUGUAUUUAUAGUGUAUUGCAUCUGUAUAAAUAUAAUAUAGAAUAAUUUCAAGUUACAUAAUAUUGGAAGUUGAAACAUGCACUUAUUGUAUGCACUAAAUCCACAGAGUGCAAUCAUCGCAUAAUUAUGAUCAUUAAUUUGUGAAUGUUUUGCAUUAGUUGUACAUUUUUGGUAAUAUUGUUUCUGUUUGAUUUUGCCAUAAGGUGUGGUUGAUCUGUGUGACUUAAUGUGUGAAAAAUAUGUGCUACUUAUCAGAUGAUAAUGUGACUUUGGGGCAAAACUCGUGUCAAAUUUUUGAGUUGAAAUGUUUUACUCUGUGAUGUAGUUGUCAGAUCUUAUAAUUGUAAAGUCAAGGUUUAAAACUGUUUAAUGUCUGUUGUUUCAUCCUUCAGUGACUAUUCUGCUGAGAUUUUAUCACUCAUGAUAUCUUGCUACUUAACCUCAAAUUUUCUGUGUAGAGUGACUUGAUUGGAGACAUGAUAUACAGUUUCAAUACGAUCAACCAAACA